UUAUUUUUUCUCGCGAUAUCAGCCAAGUCGCGGGUAGAAUCGCGGCGGAUGUUGAUGUUUUGGUUCGUAGUUUACCCCUACCGUAUAUAUUCCCCUGUUUUUCGUGUUGUAGCGGACUUUUGAUCGAAGGCUAGUGUCUGUUGUGAAUUAACAGUCUUUCUCGGUGCUUCUCUUGGGAAGCGAGAAGCCGAGACAGGCAAUGAUGGAGGACUUUGACGAAAUCUACGAAGAGGAGGAAGAAGAAGAGGAGGACGAAGACAGGGCCGCGGAGGAGCAGCUACUAAAGUAUGCUCCGGACCCAGUGGUGGUGCGCGGAUCCGGCCACGUCACUGUGUUUGGGCUCAGCAAUAAAUUUGAGUCAGAGUUUCCUUCUGCACUUACCGGGAAGGUCGCACCCGAAGAGUUCAAAUCCAGCAUCAACAGAGUAAAUGGCUGUUUGAAGAAAACUUUACCGGUGAACGUCCGCUGGCUUCUGUGUGGAUGCUUGUGCUGUUGUUGCACACUAGGCUUCAGCCUGUGGCCCGUGGUCUGCCUUAGUAAAAGAACUCGCAGGUCCAUAGAAAAGUUGUUGGAAUGGGAAAACAGUAGACUGUACAACAAGUUGUGCUUGCACUGGAGGUUGAGCAAGAGGAAGUGUGAAACCAACAACAUGAUGGAAUAUGUCAUACUCAUAGAGUUUCUACCCAAGAUUCCCAUAUUCAGGCCUGACUAAAGUGGUCUUGCCCAGCGAGCCUCUGGUGUGGUCUGCCCAUGGUGCCUUGCUUCGGUACUGUCACGGUUGUCAAGUGGCUUCAGUCCAGUUCAACUCCUUUUGAAGAAGAAACUGGUAUUGCCUCAAAUCUCUCACCUUCCUGCUCAGACAGCCCCUGUUUACACUUGACCACUCACAACAACAUUAGGGGCCUGUCUGGGUAUCCUUUUUAUGUGUGGGUUCACUGACCCCCCAAACUAUGGCUCACCUAGUAAGGAUGGACAUGGGAAAAGGCCACAAAAGAUUGACUCCAUCAUCAGAAACUGGAGUGGUUACCUCUGAUUCUGCGCUUCAGACCUGAUUCCACACUCUUACUACCCUCUUUAAAACAUUGGCCCCAGUCUCCCAGCAGCCCUGUGUGGAGCAAGAUGUCACUAUGUGCAUACAGCCGUUUGUAUUGUUUUGGAAUGGGCUGUAGAACACACUUUUGAAGCUCAGUGGGACAGAAUACAUGUAUCCACAUUAGAGGGGUCCAGACUGGGAGAGUCUCUGCACAAUACAUCAACCCUACUUUCCCAAAGCAUAUAUCCGCAAUACUUCACAAUUUUACCCUUCUCCCCAAAUCACAAAGUGUUAAGGGACAAUCAAUGACUGCAACUACCUGGAAAUUUUACAGAGACCUCUGCUCCUUUCAACCUUUUCCUUGUCACACAGAUUUUCCAGGUUAUCUUUUUCAACUCAUUGUGACAUUGAGCAGUCAUGCAGCACAGGAUGGAUUUCUCCUCCAAGUUAAUUAUUUUUUUCAGUCCUUUACUGUCACACUGUUAAACUCUGACUUUAUCAUUUAUCCUUUGACAUUUUUUUUUUAUCUUUUGUUUACUUGCUCAGCAAUUAGGGCAGCCAUUUUUGUCAUGUGUAAUGAAGUUUGUGUGUUAUGAAGUUUGCGUGUGUGCGUGUGUGUGUGCGUGUGUACAUUUCUCUGGACAUUUAUUUUGUUAUUUACACAAGUAUUGCAAAAUGAGGUGAUUGGCUGCUUCCCAAUACAGAGAAAGUACAAGUAAAUCCAGUAAUAUGUCCCACAGAUUAGCAUGACUUGUCAUUUAUGCCUAUUGAACACCCAACUUUGAAAUGUAGAGCAGGUUAUUUUUUUAUUUGUCAUUGCUUCUUCCAAGUGUCUUUCUUGUGAGAGGUCAGUCAAUUUGGUUUGUAUACAAGGUCUGUAUGAAGAGGAGAAUAACUAAACAUUUGAGUCAACUGAAAGGGAUCCUGUACCCAAGUCUUAAGGUCAUGAAUAAGAAUGCUCACAGUGCAGUUUCUUUUUCCUUCUUUUUUUCGUGCUUCCUUGUAGCAGAUGGGCAAAGGAAGUUGGCAUGGAACAGGUUGCCUGGUCUGAUAUGGACCACUGAAAAAAUCACAUCCAACCAAACCACUAUUUCAAAUUCCAUUAAACUGUACGGCUUUCAUUGGCUAAGGUGUUGAUGAGAGUUUACUUGUUGAUCUGUCAGUCAAGUAUAUUUUUUUGGGUUCUGAUUGGGCAAUUGUCAGAGGCUUAACCGCCCACAGGAGUUAUACAGUGUGCUGAAACAGUUGAGAUGGUGCAACAUACUGCUUAGGUUCCUUUUCCCAACCUUGCAUUGGGUUAGCCACAUGUGGUCACACAUUGUGUCUGGGUACAAAUGCAGUGCCUCAUAUGCUCAUGGUCUACAAUUGUGUUGCUCUGUCUUUUGUCAUUUAACUCGAACACAAUUUCAUGAUCCAAGAAUAUUUAUAUUUAUGUACAGUAUGUAUGUAUGUAUGUAUGUAUGUACAAUAAUAAAACAAACAUGAUUAUUCUAA